UUUACAUUAAUUAUUAACAUUGCUAGUUGAAAUACGAAAAACAUUUAUAUUUGUGAGAGGUUUGCAGUACUUUUUGAAAUUCGUAAGUUUGUGUAUCAAGUAUUUGUAAAAACAUUUACACAUAUACCUAUACGAUCUAUAAAACGUCGAAUUAGAAAAAACAGAAAAAAAAUGGAUCAAGAACAAUUUUUUGGUUCGUUGCAACUACAGAAACGUAACGAUAAUCCACCACCACCACCUCAGGAUCUUCAGACUCCUGUUGAUCAUUCGCAAAUUGAAAAGAAAAAAGAAGAACUUAAGAGAUUAAAAUCUAUUACCAUGCGUCAAUAUUUAUUGAACAAGUGGAUAGUAAAUGUUCGUCGUAAGCGAUUAGAAUUACGUAAAAGUCCUAAACGCAAUUUACGCAUAGAAUCUAUAUUGGCGAACGUUGUUUCUAGUGCUGAAUACAAGCUUAGAUGUAAUAAACUUGCAAUCUUACAAACACAGAAACAAUCUUACUCUGAUCUUAUAUCUGAACAAAAUAAUUCAAAACCCGAACCCGAACCAUUGUGUCCAGAAUUAAGCAGCUUAGACGAUUUCAUGAAAAAAGUAUCCGAAGUCAAAAGUCCACUACAGCGUUAAAAUUACACAACUUACGAAUGAACAUAACCUCUACACCUACGCAAUUAACCUGACACAAAUAAUUAAGUUAAUAUCAAGAUUUCAUUAUUUGGAUGAAACUAGAAGAGUUGUAAUACUGACCAGUACUGAGGCAUCUACAAGAGUUGUUGCAUCGUUACCUACCUUGGUGUAUAUCUGGAAAUUUUUUAC